UCAGUGUAGGCUAUCCUGCAUCCUCGACCUGCAUGCAUGGGUGCAAAGACACGUACGUAUAUAUCCCUUUCCGUGCACGGAUGCGUACCAUAUGAUCGCCCUCAUCAGUGUCCAGCAGGGCGGCAGACUGAGAUCACCCACUCCCCACCCUAUGUGCAGCGCCUCGGCACUGAUCAUUUCGAUCAGCUUCUGCCCCACCUUCUCGAUUGCCUUCUUCAGACGACGGUCAUUUGCUGACAGAAAAAUAGAUUUGCCGUCUUUGGCGAGGUUGCCGUCCUUUGUCAGCCGAUAGAAGGUCCAAGUAUACCCGUUCGUCAGGAGGCCCCGAGAUACGCCGGUCAU